UUACAAUCGUUUAAGUGACAUUUGUUUGAGUUUUUCCGCCUGUAGAAAUAUGAUAAUUGGCAAAUUUGAAGCUUCAUUUGGUUCUUUGCUGUCGAAUAAAGGCACUGGUGGUUUUUAUGGAACGAAGAAAAGUGUUGUAUUCUGCGUUAAAUCGCGUUAACAGUCAAUCCACUGGAACAACGGAGUUACACAUUCUUAUUGCUUGGAAUCAAACCGUAAAGUGAGACUGCUGUUGCAAACAACCAAGUUAGGAAGUGGAUGUGUCAUAAAAAAUUGUCUCGUGUUCCUAUAUUGACAUGUGUUGUUCUGAAAGUGCCGAAGGCGUUUUCCUGUGGAGUGCAUCAAUUAAUUGUUUGGAAACUGUUCAUAUUAAUCAGUCAUGGCAUUAAACAGAGUUAUUGUGGAUGCUUUGGAGGUUAGAGUGUGGUGUUUUCUGUCUGUUUACUUUCACCUACACUUUCAUCAGAUUUGAAUGUUAAAAGGAGCGAUGAGAAAAUAGUAGCAAGUGUUGCUGAUGUUUCUUGUCAUGUCGCCUGCAAACAUGUUUCCACAAGAAAUCAAAUGUGCUGCCCAUUAUGUGCCUCAACCGUUGAAGAGAAGACCAACAUAGGCCACAAGAAUGUCAGGAAAUGUGGAAAACAAUCGCUAUAUAGUACAAGUGUUCGUGGGUGCUCUUUCACAACAUUAUGAAUCACUGUCUGUGGAAGCUGGAAAGCAGACUACAUCUGAAGAAAUAGUGUCUUGUAUUGUCGAGCGACUGUCGCUAAAUGAUAGUAAUGGAAAUCACUAUGAACUUGCCGAGGUGGUUGGUGAUUCUUUUGGCCAGGAAUGCAAGGAAAGAAGACUUGGACCGAAUGAGAAACCUGUUGCUGUUAUGCUGUUGUGGCCCAGGGUGCUUGACUCUCAUCAACAGUAUUACAGGUUCUACCUUAGGGAAAAAGAACGAGUCAACGAUGCAUUAUGGACUGACACUUUCACGAUGGAUCCACAACUUAUCCGUGACUAUUUCUACAGAUUUCUGUAUCAGCCAAAGGACCGGGAAUAUCCUGAUCUGUGCCAGUUACCAGAUUUAAAUGAACAAACACUCUUAGAUAACCUGAAGGCAAGGUUCAAUGGAGGGCAUAUAUAUACUUAUGUAGGGUCCAUACUUAUUGCACUCAAUCCCUUUAAGUUUCAUCCAAUCUACAAUCCGAAGUAUGUUAAACUGUAUCAGAACCGACGGUUGGGUCCAGAGUUGCCCCCACACAUAUUUGCAGUGGCAGAUGCAGCAUAUCACUGCAUGUUAAAAGAAAGGCGGAAUCAGUGCAUAGUAAUUAGUGGUGAAAGUGGUUCUGGAAAAACUGAAAGUACAAAUUUUCUACUCCAUCAUCUGACAGCACUUAGUCAAAAGGGGUGUCAUGGCAGUGGAGUGGAGCAGACAAUACUCAGUGCUGGUCCUGUACUUGAGGCCUUCGGGAAUGCCAAAACAGCACAUAACAACAACUCUAGCAGAUUUGGAAAAUUUAUUCAAGUUAACUACAAGGAGAAUGGAAUGGUUCAUGGUGCUGUUGUCCAGAAGUACCUCCUUGAGAAAUCCAGAAUAUGUUCCCAAGGUCGCAAUGAACGCAAUUACCAUGUGUUCUAUUACUUGUUGGCUGGAGCAUCUGAAACAGAGAAGAAAGCUCUUCAUCUAAAAGAUAUGGAGGAGUACCACUAUCUCAGCAAGAGUGAUUGUUACACCUUUGACAGUGCCGAUGAGAAAUAUGAGUUUUCACGCCUGAAACAGUCUAUGGAAAUGGUUGGCUUUGCAGCAGAGAAACAGAGACGUCUCUUUGCGGUAUUGUCGGCAGUACUGUUACUUGGCAAUGUGGAAUUCGCACCACGCAAAUCGGCUGCCUAUCAUCAUGAUGAAGCAGUUGGAGUGAAAAAUCUGGAAGUUGUACAACUCAUAUCCCAGUUACUCAGGGUGCGACAGGAGACUCUUAUGGCGGCUCUUACGGCAAAACGUGCACGCGCAUCAGGAGAGACACUGGUGAUAAAUUUUCGCCUACCAGAGGCAAUUGCUGCACGUGAUGCAAUGGCAAAGUGUUUGUAUGGUGCCUUGUUUGAUUGGAUUGUCAUGCAAGUAAAUCAUGCUCUGUUAUCAAAAAAGGACACACUGCGAGAUCAUCAGGGAAAUUCAAUAGGUGUUCUUGAUAUUUUUGGGUUUGAAGACUUUGGUUUGUGUAACAGUUUCGAACAAUUUUGUAUCAACUACGCAAAUGAACACUUGCAGUACUACUUUAACCAGCACGUCUUCAAAUAUGAACAAGAAGAAUAUCGUAAGGAAGGUAUUCGAUGGACAAAUAUUGAUUUUAUGGAUAAUACAGGUUGUCUUCAGCUCAUUGAAGGAAAGCCAAAUGGCUUGUUGUGUGUUCUUGAUGAUCAAUGCAAUUUUCCAGGAGCGACUAAUGAGACAUUGUUACAAAAAUUCAAUUCCGUUCACAAAGACAACCCAUUUUAUGAAAUACCCCAGCGGAGAGAAGCAGCAUUUAUUGUAAGGCAUUAUGCAGGAAAAGUUAAAUACCAGGCAGCAGAGAUGAGGGAGAAGAACUUGGAUCUUAUGAGGCAAGAUAUUGUCAGUGUACUAAAAAACAGCAGUAUGGCAUUUGUUCGAGAACUAGUUGGUGCUGAUCCAGUGGCAGUUUUUCGUUGGGCUAUUGUGCGUGCUUUUUUUCGGGCCUACUUUGCAUUUCAUGAAGCUGGUCGGAAGCAUCGACAAGCACGUGAUGGUAGCAAACCUGGACUUCAGAACCGGUGCCGAAAUCAUUCUCCCAACGAAAAUUUGAUCAGCUUACCACUGAAACAUAGCUCCAUUAUCAGCACAAGCUCUCAUUAUAAGGGGCAAUGUGGAGAGGACAAUGAAAAUGAUCAAAAUGAGCAAGGAUUGCCACACAGGCUUGCUUGGUCACAUUUACAUUCAGGCAGUGAAUCACAGAAACCUGAUAUGGAACAGCAAAAUCGUGUAAAGAUGGAAUUUUCAAGUGGAUGCAGGAGAGAUUCACAGCAUGCAUUAGGAAGAGUACUUUGUCCUGACGAAGCCAGAGUUCUGGAGAGAGCCAACCAGAUUGUCAUGAAAAACAAAUCCUUCAGACCACGAGAACGCAGUAAGAAAGGCCUCAAGAACCUGCAAACAGUAAAGACACUUGCAGGACGAACACAAGCUCAGAACUUAGGUGGCCAUCCACAGACUCAACAACAACAACAAGCACCAGGAAAAGCUCGAAAACAGCCACAGACAGUUACUGCACAGUUUCAGCAGUCACUACACAGUCUUAUGGAUACACUCAACCAUGCUAAUCCAUUUUUCAUUCGGUGCAUUAAGAGUAAUGCUGAUAAGAUUCCAAAUAAAUUUGAUAAUGAGACAGUGCAAAGACAGCUGAGGUAUACGGGCAUGCUGGAAACAGUGCGCAUCAGGCAAGCUGGUUACAAUGUGAGGCUGACAUACGAUGAAUUCAUACAACUUUAUCGGAUUUUGCUACCAAAGGGAUUACUCAGUUCACAGGCUGAUGUUCGUGAUUUUCUCUACACUUUAAAUCUGAAUCGUGAUAAUUACCAACUUGGCAUAAGCAAGAUCUUCCUUCGAGAAUCUGAAAAGGUCCGAUUAGACUACAGACUGCAUCAACAGAUAGUGGGAAGCAUAGUGACGAUUCAGAGAUGGGCACGGUCUGUACUGGAGCGACGACGCUUCUUGCGCGCUCGUGAAGCUGCCAUCACUAUACAGUGUGCAUGGAGGAUGUACCUGGCACAGAGAACCCUUUGUCAACUUCGCAGUCAAGUUUCUGCAGCAAUUGUAAUACAAACAGCAUGGCGCAGGUAUCGUGCAAUGAAAUGGUAUCGACGAUUGCGGAAGGGGACAGUAGCUUUCCAAGCGUGUGCGCGUGCAAAUUCACUUCGUAUUCGCCUUAGGGCAGAGAAAGAGGAAAGAGCUAGGCAAAGAGAGGAAAGUCGUGGACAGGCAGCUGCAGCAAUAGCCACAUCUGAUGCCCAUUCUACACAAAGUACAGAUGAAGCUUUCCUUUCAAAAGAAUCAAGCCAGGAAGAAUUGGAUGAGCGGCUUUCAUGCGAUAAGGAAGCUGCUGAUUCAGAAGGAAGCAGUGGUAUUCAAGAAGAUAGUGAAAGUGAACCGAAUGUCUUCCAUCCUUCUAGUAUCACUACACCAUCGCAGCAUGACAGCUCGGCCAAAUCACAGCAUAGGCAGGGGGAAAGCAAGAAGACAUCCAUUGGUCUUGAUGUGAUACAUCUGAAAAAGAAAAUUUCUUUCAAACGAAACAAGGGACCAAAGACUGAAGCAGCUCAGAAUGUACUUCAGGAUGAUAAAACUACAGCAGGUAUACGAAAAGGAAGUAGCAGUGACAGUCUGUCUUCACAACGAAGCAUUGAUUCACAGAGGAGUAGUGAGUCAUCUAUGAGUAAUAUUUCUGUUGAUGUUACUCACGAGAGGUUAAGACGACAGAAAUACCCUUUUAAUUUAAAUAAAAUAACAGAGAGGAGGGAAAGUAGCGGAAUGACAGGUCCACACAGUGAUGGAGAAGUGGAUGAAACUGUCACACGAUCUGCACCUCCCAUUGUGCAAACAGCAGCCCUGAGUCCCUUCCCAGCACCAGUUCAAGCACCAGAACCUGAUCCUGUAUGGAGACGGCGUGAAGAUGUUCCCUCACCAUAUUCCGUUCCUGGGAAGUCUCCUCUACAAAAUGAUGGCCAUAAGAGUAUACCUGUCCACAAACCAGUCAGGCGGGAAAGUCGGUCAGUGUCGGUUGAACUAUUUGGUGAUACAAGACGACGACCAACAUUGUCAGCAAGUGUUAGUCAUGAGGGUCAUUCACCAACAGAACCUGAAGCUCCUGCUCGUGGCUUGCGGCGGCAGAGGGCACCUCGGGGAACAGUGUGUCGCAGUGCUGGGGAGGAGUUAUCUGGUGGUGUUGUGAUUGACCCAUCGGGUGCUACUAAACUACUCCUUUCAAGUGAAAGCUCAGGCAUAGGAGUUCCACGGCGGCCACGCAGUGGUGGGAUUACAACGUUGGAACUGCGUCGUCGAAAUAGUGAUCCGGCUUCGAGGCCAGCAAUAUGUGUGGGGGAUGGUUCACCAUCUGUCAGCAAGGCUUCAGAUGCCCUUGAGUGGAAGGGCAAUCUGUUCACAAUUGCAGGGCAUACAUUCCGGAAAGUAACAAAAUUUUCCAAAGAAGAUCGUUGUGUAUACUGCUCGGAACCAAUGAUAGCUAUUGUAACACAAGGACACAAAUGCACAAAUUGCAAGAAAUUGUUUCAUCCAAAAUGUAUCCAGAAUGGCGGUGUUCUGGAAAUGCCUUGUUUACAACAACCUGCUGGAGGUGGAAAACCGGGCAGGAGAAAAAAUCGGAAGCUGUCACAGAUGCCAUAUGACCUCAACAAGCCUAAGCCUGCUAUAACAGGAAAAUUUAGCCUUACUAAAACUUCAGAGUUUACUGACAGUCCUGACAAAAUUAUAUCUGAUGCUGCAGAAUUGCAGCAGAUGCAGGAUUUUAUAACGAAGAAAAUCUUUAAGAUCGAGAGUGAAGAAGGCGAGAAACCAAGUGAGGUGGACAGAGUCUUCAAGCAAGCACUUCGAGAAUUCAAGGAUAACCUUGUGGCUACAUACAGUGUUGCAAAUAAACAGGGUGAUAAGGCAUUCAAUAUUCAGUAUAAGGAUCUGAUUGCUAAUUUUCUCCAUAUAAUGCAAACUGUCUGUAACCAAGAAAAUACUAAGGAGGAUUUUCCAGUAACAAUGGGAGUAAAUGCAUUCAGAGGAUUUAUGAAUGAGUUUAUGAAUCUGAAUCAUCUUGAAGAAAAGCCUAGCAAAGCUAAGAGGAAAAAAGAAAAGAAGCGGAAGAUGGAAGAUCCAAUAAUUUAUGCAGGACAUUGUUUUCUUUUAACAAUUAUCAAUAUUCCAACAGCUUGUGAAAUAUGCACAUCAUUUUUCAUGUGGCCGAUUGAACGUGGCCUUGUUUGUCAAAACUGCAAGUUAACAUGCCACAAGAAGUGCUAUACACGAGUUAUUGUGGCUUGUGGUAAAGAAGGCCAUGGUGAAAGUGGGUAUACUAGUGAGGGUCGUCGUGUAUUUGGUGUUCCUCUUCACCUCUUAGCAACUGGUGAUGGGAAGGUACCUGCUGUUGUUGACCGCUUAAUCACCACCAUUGAAAUGCAUGGCUUAUAUACGGAGGGAAUAUAUCGGAAAUCUGGAGUGAGUUCUAAAGUGAAGGAAUUAAAGGUAAGAAUUGAAGAUGAACAUCUAGAUGAUAUCAACUUUGGAAGUUAUCAUGUUCAUGUAUUGGCAGCCGUAUUGAAGAGCUUCUUGCGUGAAAUGCCUGAACCUUUGUUAACAUUUGAUAGUUAUGAAGACUUUUUACGUGCUGGCAGUCUUACAGAUCCUCACGAUCGUGUGUUGACCCUCUUCGCACUAAUUAAGAAGUUACCAAAGCCAAAUUUCGACCUUGUUGAGAGGCUUGUAUUCCAUCUUGCAAGAGUGGCAUCACAUGAAGACGCAAAUCGGAUGAAUGCAAGUUCACUGGCAAUUGUUUUUGCACCCUGCAUCCUCCGCACAAAUAAAACAGUUCCGGCACAAGAUUCACUGCACGACAUUGGACGACAGACUCAGUGUGUGGAGACAAUCAUAGCAGAUCAGUUACGUAAAGUCAAGUCAACGUUGGCUGAUAUCGAUACAUUGGACAGCGCCUGCCACACAGCCACGCACCGACUUUCAUCCCUUCGUAGCUCCAAGAUAUUCAGCCCUGAAGAAUUGUUACCAGCUAGUGAUUCAGUAAAGAAAACAGAUGAAGAGGAAGCACUUUUAAUGGAGCACAUAGAAGAUAUACAAAAAGAGAAGGCAUUGUUGACAUCAACACUCCCAAGUCUAACAAGGACCACCUCUGAUGAUGAUAUGCUUUCGACAGAUCUUGAUGAUGGUGGUAGCCUGGAUGAUAUGUCAGUGAGAGCUGAUGAUGAUGUUCAUCAGCCUACAAUACGACGUAUGCGUCAACAUCCUGCUGCUGUGUCUUACUCCAUAUCUGGCACAGAUGAUGAUGAAUCAGCAAGGAAACUAAAACGACAGUCAUCAUCUGACAACAGUGUUGUAUCUCUUUUUCCACCACCUGCACACACAGACUGUGAUGAGGAUCCCAUCAUGGUCUAACUUCUGUAUUAUUAGGCCAUUGAAGGGUUUUGUAUUGAAUAUCUGUGAUUUGGAAUUAUUUCUUAGUAUAGUGUGUCUGUGUAUGUAUGUAACAGUUUCAAAGAAAGUAGUUGUGAAUCAGGAAAUUAUAUGUUUCGUGUGAUUGUGAAUACUGCAAAUACAGAAAGAUCUGUAACACUAUAUACAUAUGUAUGGCUAGCAAAUGUACAUAAUUAUUCUGUCUCAACAACACUGCCUUAUUCAUUGACUUCUGUGUUUUUAUUGUGACACUAUUAUAUUUGCAGUUAAAUUAGUAAAACUCUUAUUCCUUGUUACAAAUCUGUGUCUCUUUUUCUAGACACAGAAGCUACGCUUAAAGUGUUGUAAUUGGUAUCAUUGUUGUGAGAUGUGAAUUACUACUUAAAUGUCAUGUGAGAAUACCAUUAUUUGUAAAACAUUUUUAUACAGAAUUUACAAGUUUUUCUUACAAAACUAUUAUAGUUGCAGGAAAUGCUCUGUUGUUAAUCUUUAUUAGCUGCGUUAAAAUAUUUGUGCAGAAAAUAAAAUGUUUUUGUUGUGAACAUUGAUUUUAUAUUUGAGAAUAGAGAUACUGGUCUUCUUAGCGUCUGCACAUAAACAUUUUGUUUUUGUUACUUAAAUUACAAACUUUGUAUAUAUGUGUAAAUGUAUGUGCAUUGCAGAUGUGUAUUGAAAUUUCAUGGAAGUUAAGACUGGAUAUUUUAACCCUGCAGUUUUAAUUAUUUUUGUAAUCUGUAUAUAGUUUAUAAGAUGUACUAAAACGUGGCUGGUAUUGUAUGAGUCAUUUCUUUGUGUUUUCUCUCAAAGAUUAAACCACAUUCUCGUACCAGUUAUUAAUGUAUGAAUUCAUUUUGUAAUAAAAAACCAAAAUUCUUAGCCGGUUUAAAUAUGUGAUUAUUGAAAUUAUUCAUGAAAUUCAGAAAUAGAAUUUAAAUAGAAUGUGUUGUUAAUGUUUUUUAGGACAAGUCAGAGUGUAGGUGUCAUUGAUUCUGAAGCGAUGAAUUAGUUGUGAUACUUGCAAUGAAAAUUCCACUUACAAAGGAAGUACAAAAGAUAAAGCUUCACAGCAAGGCAAGAAUAAUGAUUUUCCACUGAAAAAGCUUUGUAUUAGCAGCGCAGAGGACAUCAGCAUGGAAGGAGGAUGUAAUUGAGCCCCUGUGCAAAUGAUGAUAACUGAAAAUCCAGCAUUUAGGAUAAACUAUGAAAUGAAUGCGCCCUCUCUGCCUCCUCCUGCAUCAUUGUGUAGGCUUCCAUUAUUUUCUUUGAAUUAUGUAUGUAAGGAGUUAUAUCUUAAUAUUUAUUACAUACUACUAUUUAUUACAUCCUUCGUGGUAACCAGGUAGUCAAAUUUCAGAGUACUUGUUAACUGUCCUUUUUUAUGAUGCUUCCAUUAUAGUAGGUAUCCUUAAGGUUUGACUAGAUAAGAACCUCUCUGAAGAUUUAUGAAGUCCUUUUGUGUGAAGGAAAAUAGAAUCAGUCAAUCAAAAUUUUGGUCAUGAUUUCUGUAUCAUCUCUUUGUAGGUCCUUUCUUUGUAGUAGAUGUUGAGGAAGCACCUCUCUUUGUAGUAGGUGUUGAGGAAGGAACUUUUUAAUUCAUUGAGGCAUUUUGCUUGAUUUUUUCAGACUACUGGUUAAAUCACAAACAACACUAUGACUCGUCUUCACAAAAUCAGUGGAAUUUAAAAAAAGUAUACAUUUGUGGAAACAUAAGAAGCUUCAUCUUUGUGACAAAUACUGUGUAGUUAGGUGCAACAGCUGACUUAUUGCUAUUGCUGAAUCAAGAGGCAUCAACACAGAAAUUUUGUUCUGUUUUCACAAUUUAAUCAUUAAUGUUAAUAUCUUAGCAUGAAUUUUGUCAAAUAUGCAAAAGGCUUGUGAGCUAGAAGAGAGCUUACCACUUCCAAUUACACUCAGAUGCAACCACAAUAGAACUGACAGCACAAAAACAGAGAUAAUACACAUUGAAUCUCAAAUCUCAAUUGUUCAGGCUGCUGUUGUCUUUAAAAAAAAUCAGGAAAGGGGGGAAGAUAAAGGAAAUUUUAAGCAUGACGUAUCAUUUUUUGUCUAGAGUACGUUUUCUUGCCCUCAGUUUUCCUUUUAUUUAGUUCCUCUCAGUGUUACCUUCUUGUAUUCUUUUCCUUCUGUAUCCUGUUAUUUCUUUUUGGUUUUCAGCUGUCAGCUAAUUGUUGGCACUGUGAAAUUUGAAUCUCAAUUAAUACUGAUCAGUGCUUCCAGCUCCAUACUGGCUAUUUUUCUCUCUCCUAGCCUUGAGUGAUACACAAUGGUUAUCUGUCAUUAUUUACAAAUACUAUUUCAUGUUAAACACAUCAUACUUUAAGUAUUGUUCUGUUCUGUAAAGAACAAUUUGUAAGUUGGAAGUUUAGUGAGCAUUUGCUUUGUUUCUGUAUCUUUCUUUUCACCUUGAUUUUAUUUUGGAAUUGGCAAGUGGACACUACUUUUCUGUCUUAUACAGUGAAAUACAGUUUAACAUAUGUUUCUUUCACUAAUUGUAUAGUUUGCUCUUAUUUUGAUAGUUAUUUUGUUACCGUAGUUGAUCAUGUGGUAUCUUUUGACUGAGUACCCGGUGUAAUAGACAGUGUAGCUUGGUACUUUAUAAAAGAAAAAAAUGUGUGAACUGAUUAUUUAAUAUUUAUAAAUUUCCCAUAUGUCUAUUGUGUUUUAUCUAUGUUUUUAGCAUUAUUUGGUUCCAUGUAUUAUAUUCAAUACAUUGAAGCUUUAUACUUGUCGAGAUUUUUAGUAGUGGUGUAACUAAGCUGAAAUACUGUAACUAUCUGUAAGUUUGGCACUGACAAGGCACUGAAACUCAUAAACUGUGUCGUACUAAGGUAUCCUUGCAAUAAUACUCACACGUUUUCAUUAAUUGUUCUGGUAGUUAGUGUACUCAAUGCCCAGUUUCUGUAUUUUGUUUACGGAACAAUUUAUUUUGCACUGUUCAGGAAAGUUACAGCACUUCUUUUUGUGUGAAAUUCAUCCUCAUUCAGGUAUAGCAGUAUAUAUUGACUGUUCAUAAUAAGAUCACAAUUUGGAUUCUAACAUUCAAAGAAUGGAUUCUGAAAAUAAGUACUUUCAGUUUCUUUAUUGAUUUAAUCUUGUGUUAAACAUCACAUAUGAAUAUAACUUUCAUUUGCUUUUGACAAUUAUUUAUUAUAAGUUCCAAUCUUGAACUCAGUUCCUGGGAAGACGUAACCAUUACAGAACUUGAACUUUCCCUCAUAUAUUGUGAUAACAUAUAAAGUCUGCAAAUUUGAAACAUUUGUCUGAUACCAUUUGGUAGGGCAAAGAUAGUCCUGAAACAACCGCAAGCAGGUAAAAUUUUAAUGUGUGUUGCUGUAACCUGGUAGUUAGUGACGUAUUUCACACAGUUAACAUUUCUAUGCUCUGUUACUGGAGGCUCUUAACUCUUGAAUUGUAGUGAUUAUUUGACAUGUGCACUGAUCUCAGUGCCCAUUUACUGUGACACCUUACUUUAUUUGUAUUAUAUGUAACUUGUUUCUGUUGUGCAGUAUGAGUUGGUGAUUUGCCUUUAUAGCAGAUCUCGGAAAUGCUGGACAGAGUAAGUUAUCUUUUGACUGACAGUAGAGUUCCGCAGUAUGCAACAUUUUUGAUUGUUCAGUAGUGUACCAUGAAGUAAAUAUUGUUUAUCAAUAUAACACUGUUAUAGUUUUCAAGCUUUGAAGUCAUGUGGUUGUAACAAAGUUGUAAGUACUAUUUAUAUCGUAAAGUAUACAUAUCUGUGUAUGUUUGUCCUCAUUGUAUUUUAAUAAUUCUAAACUUUUUCAUUGUUCGAGAAUGUAAGUUCAUGUCUAUUAAUGUUAUGAGAUGAUUCUCUUACAUAAAUUGCAAUGUAAAGAGCAUCUGCUCUAGAUAUAUAAUAUUUUGUGAUAGUAGAAAAUUGUAUAUUUCUAACAAAUUUAGAAAAUUCUUACACAAAACAAAUAAUUUUGUAUUUGUAGGAAUUAUGUACAAAUGAACAUACACAAUAAUUACAUGUACAUGUAUAUCUUUAAUUGUAUGCGGUCUUU